AUGGUCCCAGAGGCUCGGCUCACUGAAGCAGAACGCCUGGCUGCCGUUGAUGCCUUGUUGGAGAAGAAGAAGGCGACGGCAGCGAAAGCUGCUACCACUAGGGCCAGGCACAAGAAAGCGAAGGAAGCUGCUGCCCAAGCUCUCGCCAUUACCCACGGGGCAGACGAGGAGCCCCUUCCGAGCGUUGAGGAUGACACUACGCGCCCUGCCCGCAACCUUUCUGUCGCUGUGUACCGAGAUCGCCGACUCCUUGUUUGCGAGAAGAAGAAUCCGAUGAGCCGCUGCGAGUACUGCGUGGAGCAACAUAACAAGUGCCUCCCAAUCCCGACCUUCACUCUCCGCCAGUUCAAUCGCCUUGCCGACGUCUUCCAGCUGUAUCGCGACGCCAUCCAGCGCGACGAGGAGGCCUUCUCCAAGACCUUAGCCAACAACCGUGCUAAGAUCUUAGCAGCCGUCCAGGAGAAAUAUACAGCCUACGUCGUGCAAGGCAAGAAUCUCCUUCGUCACCACCACCGUGUGGGUCACGACUCGCAGCCGCAGAAGGUAAAUCUUGGCCUCGCCGUCCUUGAGAUCGCGUCGGAGGUCCGAAGCCUGCGCCGCACUACUCGUCUUGGCAAUGACCUCCAGAAGGCUAUCCACUGCCACCUUCCUGACGUCGCCCUGGCUGAGGAGUACGAGUCUUCUGACAGCGAAGACGACGCGGACCGGGAACAUGUCGACGGCGAGCUUGAGCCGGAUUGGGAGCUGGAGACUGUGGUGGGGUGA